UUUCUUCUAUCCCAUUCAAUGUAACGAGUUCUUCGUAUAUAAGCCUUCGUUGCUGGACGCUCGAUCCUGGAUUGACAGGUAUGACCACAGAAAAAGUCUUAGUUUUGGGCAUGUUAUAAUACCUACAUGGUCAGUUAUAUUGCCUGACUACCUAUUCUUCAAGAGUUAUGCCACGCUUCAUUUACUGGGUUUUGAACUUGUCCGCCUUGGUCGUAGGACGGUCGGUAGUGGAGUGCUCUUCCAAGCCUCCGGCGUUCCUCCUAGCAGGCGAUUCUACGACGGCACCGGACGGCGGCUGGGGAGACGGCCUGCUAGCUACGCUCAAGAAACCAGCCUGGGGUGUGAAUAUCGGAAAGAGUGGUGCCACCACGGCGUCAUUCUUAGCCGGAGGAUACUGGGCAAACGUGACGCAGCAAGUUAAAGAUAACGUUGAAAAAUAUGAUAGCUACGUCACUAUAAGCUUUGGGCAUAAUGACCAGAAAUCAACCAGCGGAGUUACUUUCGAACAAUAUCAGGAAAAUCUCAUCAAAUUCGCCGGCGAAAUCAAAUCCCUGGGUGGCAAGCCGCUUCUUACAUCGUCACUUACACGCCGCGUUUUCCCCUCCGGCCAAGACCACAAUGCCACAGACUCGCUUCAUGACCAGCGCUUAGCGGCUAUCGCAGCGGCCAAGGCAACAAAUUCGACUAUAAUCGACCUCAACGAAGCAAGCCUGGAGUACAUCGAUGCGAUAGGGAAAGAAGCCGCGCAAGAAUACAACUAUGGCGAAGACAUGUCGGACACGACACAUCUAAAUCCGCACGGAUGUGUUGUCUUUGGCCGUAUGGUUGCAGAUCUGAUCAUCCGCGCGGAAUCCUGUGUAGAGCGAUAUUUUACCCCUAACCAGACACUGAGCGACUUGAUUUGGAGCGAUUUACCAGCGUGAAGUAAUCAAGUUUAGAUUGUCGCUAAUGUUGAAUUCGGAUAUCCGAAGUUUGUGGCUACGAUCUUGUUGAUGAGAUACAUAGAUAUAGCUACGUCGUCGCGUAAUACACGGUUGCGGACAC